UCCUUCCCGUUCGGGAAGGAGCCGUGUGGCGGCUCCCGGGAGCUGAACGAGCUCGGAUUGCCGGCGGUUUCACGAGCUCCGCUUCGGCUAGGCAAAGAAAUACGACCAAAAACCCGCGGGGGAAGUAGCCGGAUCCGCGGGGGAAGUAGCCGGAUCCGCGCGGGAAGUAGCCAAAGUUGCGGGGAAGUAGCCGGAUCCGCCGAAAAAUAGCCGGAUCCGCAGCUGAGUGUAUUCCCGCCUCCGGAGCACGGGGGUUUAGAGCAUUGAAACCGGCUUCCAAACGAAUUGGGGGGAUUUCACCCUAAGGGGAGACGCGAGGUCAGGCCCCGGAUGCCCGGAACGUGGCUUGGAGCGGAAGGGAACAAACCGUCCUCGAGACGGGAACGCGGAGACGUUCCCGACGGGCGAGCCGGGGCGUCGGCCUCAUUACUGAGCCGCCAGCGAACGUCUCAUUCAUCCCUUCGUUACCGCAGCGCCGUUUAUAACCAGCUCCGACUGUUGCUCCUCGAGGGGGGGUCUUUGCCUCCCGUUUCCCCCGGCCGGGCUCGUUCUCCGCCUCCCCGGCCGCCUCCUGAUCUCCCGUUUCCGUUCCCUUUCCCAGCGCUCAUGGUCCUGCUGGGGAUCCUGGAUUUCCUCUUCGUCAGCCACGCGUACCACAGCAUCCUCACGCGCGGCGCCUCGGUGCAGCUGGUGUUCGGCUUCGAGUACGCCAUCCUCAUGACCAUGGUGCUGACCAUCUUCAUCAAGUACGUGCUGCACUCCAUCGACCUGCAGAACGAGAACCCCUGGGACAGCAAAGCCGUCUACAUGCUCUACACGGAGCUCUUCACGGGUUUCAUCAAGGUGCUGCUCUACAUGGCCUUCAUGACCAUCAUGAUCAAAGUGCACACCUUCCCGCUCUUCGCCAUCCGCCCCAUGUACCUGGCGAUGAGGCAGUUUAAGAAAGCGGUGACGGACGCCAUCAUGUCCCGCCGGGCCAUUCGCAACAUGAACACGCUCUACCCCGACGCCACCCCGGAGGAGCUGCAGGCCAUGGACAACGUGUGCAUCAUCUGCCGCGAGGAGAUGGUGACGGGCGCCAAGCGUUUGCCCUGCAACCACAUCUUCCACACCAGCUGCCUGCGCUCGUGGUUCCAGCGCCAGCAGACGUGUCCCACGUGCCGCAUGGACGUGCUGCGCGCGUCGCUGCCCGCGCAGUCGCCGCCGCCGCCCGAGCCGCCGGAGCAAGCCCAGCCGCCGCCGCAGGCCCCGCCGGUUCCCCAGCCGCCCAACUUCGCCCAAGGAAUCCUGCCGCCUUUCCCUCCGGGAAUGUUCCCUUUCUGGCCGCCGGUGGGUCCUUUCCCUCCGGUCCCCGGCGCGCAGCCGCCCAGCAGCGCCGAAAACGCCGGAGCCGCCUCGAGCCCGGCUUCGGCCGGCACCGCGAGGCCCGGAGACGCCGCGGCGGGAUCGGAAGCGGCUCCGACGGGAGCGGUGCCCGGGCUGCCCUUCCCGCCGCCCUGGAUGGGGAUGCCGUGGCCGCCGCUGUUCGGUUUCCCCCCCAUGCCGGUGCCGCCCGCCGGCUUCGCGGGGCUGACGGAGGAGGAGCUGCGGGCCAUGGAGGGCCACGACCGGCAGAACCUGGAGGCCCGGCUGCAGUGUCUGCAGAACAUCCACACGCUGCUGGACGCCGCCAUGCUGCAGAUCAACCAGUACCUGACGGUCCUGGCAACCAUCGGGUCUCCUCGCCCCGCUCCGCCCCAGUCCCCUUCCGCUGCCGCCGUGAGCCGGGAGACACCCGCGGAAGAGCCCGGCUCGCUGGACGGUGCCUCGGCACCCGCCGCCGCCGCAGAGCCCGACUCGACGGCUUCCCCCGACGCGGCCGGGCCGGCGGGCGCCGAGGGCUUCGCGCCUCUCGCCGGGCCGGAGGAGGAAGGCGAGGAACCGUCUCCGCUGGGGGAGCCCGACGCCGCCGAGCUCCGGAGACGCCGCCUCCAGAAACUGGAAUCGCCGCCUUCCUCGGCGCACUGACGCCCUUCCUCCGCGGCUCGCCUGGGUGACGAUUUGGGGCUCCGAUGUUUUCCCCCCUUGCUCUUCUCCCUCUUCCUUCUCCCUGCCGCCGGAAUUCCCCGGGAGACGAAGGCGCGGGGACGGCGGGGGAGCCGGCGCCGCUGUCCCUCUGCGUUGGGGGCCCUCGCGUGCAGAGAAACGGACUCGUCUCGAGGCCGGCGAGCCGGAUUCGGCCUCUUUUUCUGCCUUUUCUUCCCGUUUCCGACGUAAAAUCCCAAGAAAACCGCAGCCUGGAAGCAAACUCAUCCCUGGCCAUCCCAUCCGCCGGCAGCAGCUUCUUCCCGCCCAUUCUUUCCCGCUUUGGCCCCGUUUUCUUUCUACCUCUCUGGCAUCCGGGCGCUGCCUCUGCGAUGCCGGCCGGGAAGCCGUUCCCAAGGAGCCGCCUUGGCGCCGGAUGUUGGGAUGUGCCAGGCAGCCGGUUUGGAGGCCAGAGGAGUCGAUGAAAGCGCUUCGCUCUCCGGGGCCGGCGGGUCGCGGAGUCCGAUUCGGGGCUGAUCCGGGGGGUCAAUUUGCGAUAGGAAGCUCCGGCCGUCUCCGUGACGCAGUAGGAGCGAGGGAGAGGCUUGGAAUUGCUUGAAAGCUCCUGGUUUUCACCCAAGUUCUUCUCCGAGCGCUUUGGGACGGGCUGAGAACGAAUCCCCGCAUCUCUGGGAGGAGAAACACAGCCGGAGCCUCUCCACCCUUGGCUGCUCCUAGAGCUUAUUCCCGUUGGAUCUCUUCCUGCUUUUUUAGCAGCACUUCGGGAGGGCAGGAGACAAAAACCCGCCUCGCGUCCGGUUGGCCGCUGGCCCGGAGCUUCAGAGGGUUUCGUUGGCCUCCGCUCCGGCCGCGCUCCGCGUUGACACCCUCCGUUUCCGGAAGGGCUCGUUACAGGCGGACGGUCUCUUGCCGAUUGACAGUAUUAGUGGCUCUCUCCUAGGAACCGCCUCUGCCGUGGACAGCGGUGGCGGGGAGGCUUUGACAUCUUGCACGGAGAUUUUAAUAAACCCUCCGCUUCUCCGGCCUGAUCCUCUCCCGUUUUCCCUCUGUGCGAUUCCCAAGGGAGCAGCCGGGCUCGCGGUGCGUCCGGGAGCGCUCCGGCCAUCCGUGCUGGCGGCUAACGGCACCGGGAGGCCGCUUGCAGUCUCGCUCUGUUAACUCGGCUCCCCCCUGCCUAAUUCCCGCCGGCUUUUCCCCACCCGAGGAGGCCGGAGUCGGCACGUGGGGAAGGAGCGUUGGCAUCCGCGCGGCCCCCCGGACCCUCGGAGCCCUCUUUUCCGUUCCAGGGAUGUUAUCACUCUUCAGUGCCUCUUUUUGAACCGAAGCGGCUUCUACUAGUACACAUAUCUCAGGGAAAACAGUCGGAGACGGCGCCGGAAGCUCGAGGACCUCUUCCCCUUCCCUUCCCCCUUCUUCCGGAGAAAAGGCGGAAAGCGGAUUUCCGGGCGGUGAGAGGAGGACGCGGGGCUCCGGGGAGAGGUGCCCGGCAAGGAAUUCGGUUUGUGGAGGCCGGCACCUUCUCGCGCUCCUUUUCCUGCCCUUCUCCAUCUCCCGGAGCGUCAUUGUCCCCUUCUCCAUGUUAAUUGGGGGUGGGGGAAGCUCGUUACCGAAAAAUAGUGUGUUAUGAGCAACUCGGCAAUAACAAAGCGGUGUUUGGAAACUUGCGGAGCCGCCGGGGUCUCCUGCUUCCGGGCCUCGGGGCGGAGGGGAUCCGGACGCCUGCUGCGGAGCGCCCUGUUUUCUUUUUUUUAUUCCUAAAUAACCUUUUUGAGUGGAAAAGCAAGAAUAUUUUUGGAUGGUCCCGUUUUACGUUGGGCUUUCGGAGAAGCUGAGGCCGCGGAAGUGCGCCCCCGGCUUCCUUGGACUUUGCUUCCUUUAGGGGUUGAUUUAAUCCGGGGGGGGAGGAAAGCGAAGAAGCGAGGGCGACCGGGAGGACAAGUGUGGCCCCUCGCUGCCUCCGUUGCUUCUGUUUCACUUCUCCCUCCCCCCCGUUUUAUUUGCGUGCAGCAGAGUUCACGUUGGAGGGUUUGGGUAAUUAUUUAAUUUGUAAAUAAUGUACAAAUUUUUAAUAGCUUAAUUGUAUAUACAGCGGAAUAAAGAUUGCAUUAAA